AUACUCCGUAGUCCGUACUACGUAAUUUGCACCAGAAAAGUUCUUCGCAAGCAAGUCGGGAAGAAAGCUCUUCUCUUCCAAUCAUGUCCCGUCUUCAGAUCGGCCUUCACCUAUCUCCGCUGUUCUCGAAAUCCAGUCCCCCAAUACACUACCCAACGCCGUAUUCUCCGAACGAUCCUCAAUUUCCACAAACUCGCAGCCGAAAAAUCGUUUCUUUGAGGAAUUUAAGACGUGCCCAUUCAAGAAUCACUCUUAGUGCAGUGCCCAGAGAAGAUCACAGUCGGAGCGCAGAUUCUGUGGGGAAAGAGAGAAGUGUUUCAGUGAUUCUUCUUGCAGGAGGGAUGGGAAAAAGAAUGGGUGGGAGCAUGCCAAAGCAGUAUCUUCCACUUCUAGGUCAACCGAUUGCAUUAUACAGUUUCUACACUUUCUCAAAGUUGCCUCAAGUGAAAGAAAUUGUUGUGGUAUGUGAUCCAUCUUAUAAAGAUGUUUUUGAAGACACCAGAGAAAAGAUCGAAAUUGAAUUGAAAUAUGCAUUGCCUGGAAAAGAGAGGCAAGAUUCUGUAUAUAAUGGAUUUCAGGUUGUUGAUUUGAGCUCUGAACUCAUUUGCAUCCAUGAUUCUGCAAGACCUCUAGUAUCUCCAGGAGAUAUAGAAAAGGCCCUAAUGGAUGGUAUGCUUGUUGGAGCAGCUGUUCUUGGAGUUCCUGCUAAAGCAACUAUCAAGGAGGCUAAUAAUGAAUCCUAUGUUGUGAGAACUCUAAACCGAAAGACGCUUUGGGAAAUGCAGACCCCACAGGUAAUCAAGCCGGAUUUGCUUAAGAAAGGGUUUGAGCUUGUCAAUAGGGAAGGUCUUGAAGUGACAGAUGAUGUGUCUAUUGUCGAGCACCUUAAACAUCCGGUCUACAUUACACAUGGCUCUUACACUAAUAUCAAGGUUACAACUCCCGAUGAUUUGCUUCUGGCUGAGAGGAUAUUACACACUUCAAAUUUGCAGAAUUGAUUCUGUCUCUGUGUGUUCCUUGUAUCCUUUGUUCCUGGCCGAAUAUGUAGUUUUCGCUUAACUUAUUUGGCUGCUAUUAAGUUUGGUUCAGUUUAGUUCAGUGCCACCAUUAUUUCUAUAUGAGACACAAGUGGAGAUGGUUUUUUGUGUUUGCAAGACUACACAAUUUUCUUCUCACUUGCAUGUCGUUCAAAUGAAUUCCAAUUUUGAAUAAGAUGAUUUUCGAACAUGAAAUCGACGAAAUGAGAAUGCUAAUGAUUGGAGAAUCAUUGCUGCAGCUGAAAUGUGGAUAGCUCAACAAGCUGCCCAAGGAUGAAAACGAACAAUUUCAUACUCCCGCCAUUCCUAAAUAACUGGCUAAUUAGACUUUCACGAUAUUCCGGGGUACAGUAAAAAUCAAAUGAAUGUGGACAUACUCUUUGUUUACAUGUGUUCAAAAUCUAAUGUAUCUAAAAGUCAUAAUAGACAAUCAUUUCUUUC